GUCUAUAUCAAGUCAAUUGAAGUUCAGUCCUACUUAUGUUUAGUAUAAAUGCUACUUUUUUGAAUAUGAUCGAGAUUUAGAAGGGGAAACAACUUUUGUAAUGUCGUCUGCUGGUAUUGUUGGUUUAAUACUUUUGGCGGCCACUUUUUGUUUGGCUCAAAAUGAGAGAAACUGUGUUCUUUCUACUGGAGAGGUAUUAAGGGAUGGGGAGAGAUCUGGUAAUAGUUGUGCACCUUGCCGUUGUGUGCACGGGUUUCUGCAGUGCGUGAGCAUAAGAUGUGGGCAGCCUCCGUGUAUGGACUCUGCCAUUCUACCUGGCCAGUGCUGUCCAACUUGUCCAAAUGGUCCAAACUGCGCUCUCCCUGGCGGAGGAAUUUUAGCCGCUGGUCGAUCCACCACACUGAGUGAUGGUCUAAUAUGCAGAUGUUCAGCGCGACCUUACGGUCUGACUCUAGCGAACUGUCGCUUCCCCAGACAAGGUUAACUAGCUGGAUACGAACAAGGCAUAAUCAGCGAUAUCAUUAAUUCUGAGAGAUCAACAAAGCCUUCAGAUUUGUGUUUUAAUGUUUGUUACAAUUAAAGAAAUAUUUUUGUUUUAGUUUUUGCAGCUACAUUCAAUAUAUUAAAGAAGUGCUAUUUCACA